AGGUGAAUCUAGGAACUGAUGACGGGGCCCCAGCGCGUGACGGACUAGCUUCACGCCGUCCUCUCAGGCCUUCGCGGCCGGGCGGGCCGGGUUAUCCCGAGUAUCCUGGGGACCCCACUCCACGUGCCGACGGCGACGUGAGGGCCUCAGUCCUCGGGAAGUGACGCCCCCUCUGGUUCGUAAGACUCAAGAGUCUCAGGCCACCCGGGCUUAGCACUGUUUUCCCCGAAAAACACUGAGUCUCCGGUCCUUGGAAACGGUAACCCUCCUUCUUUCUGUGACUUGACCACCCGCUUCCAGUUCAUGCAGCUGUUUGGUUGUUUGUAAGACACCCCUUUCACGGACACCGAACAUUGAUGAACCCAGGGUUUCUCAGUUCUCGGCAGUGACCUUUUUCUAAACCAGAUCGAUUUUUUGUAUUAGUUAACUUACUCUGGUUUGAAUUACAGUUCUGUGCGUGAGAGCCCUGGCCGCUGAAUGUCAGCCCUGUGAAGGCAGGGGCUGUGUCUUGGUCUUUGUGACCUCUUCUAUAGCGGGGCAGGGAUUUGUGUAAGGUCAGCACCUAGUAAAUGUUUGCUGAGUUGAACUGUUAGGUGAAAGAACUGUUGUAGGACCACUAACUCAGCAUCUUUAAAAAACUGUUCUAGAGCCCCCCCAACCGGAGUCUCAUUCUUUUUCCUGCGAAACACUCAAUGCUUCCUGAGGCUUGGACCCAACCUGAGGGACCACGUCUGAGAAAACCCAGCCUGUGUCUGCAGUAUCCGCUUGAAUUCCUCAGGUUGUUCAGGAAUGGAGAAUCUCCAGCAGUGUUAAAUAUAUUACCAUCAACUUAGGAGAUGGCUGCUUUGCAAAGGAAAGGGCUUCAGGCAAGGAUUCUCAGCUCUGAAGAAGAGGAGAAGCUUAAAAGAGACCAAGCUUUAGUGUCUGAUUUUAAACAGCAAAAACUGGAAAAAGAGGCUCAGAAGAACUGGGACCUUUUUUACAAAAGAAAUAGCACUAACUUCUUCAAAGACAGACACUGGACCACCAGAGAGUUUGAGGAGCUCAGAUCAUGUAGAGAGUUUGAAGAUCAAAAAUUGACUAUGCUUGAAGCUGGCUGUGGGGUUGGGAACUGUUUAUUCCCGCUUUUAGAAGAUCCAAAUAUCUUUGCCUAUGCCUGUGAUUUUUCUCCAAGAGCAGUUGAAUAUGUCAAGCAAAAUCCUUUAUAUGACACAGCAAGAUGCAAGGUAUUCCAGUGUGAUCUGACUAAAGAUGACCUUCUGGAACACGUGCCCCCAGAGUCUGUGGAUGUUGUCAUGUUGAUAUUUGUGCUCUCUGCGGUUCACCCUGAUAAAAUGCGCCUUGUCUUACAAAACAUUUACAAGAAUUGUAUGAAGACCCAAUGAGAAAAUGUCUGGUAAGCUAUAGAGGGCCGUCCACUGUUAGCGUGGUGGGCAAGCCAUACAGAAUUGUAGCGUGGGAGACCAGAGCUGAGACUCAGGAUGAGGAAGGCCAAAAAAUCAGUAAAAAGUGAAAAUGACAUAGUAUUUUUUUAAAGAAACAAUUUGACUGCAGGGUCAUGGAUUAGGAGAUGGCUAAUAAAAUGGUGGGAGAACGUGCUUUAGUCAGGGUAUGAUUGUUUCUUCUUUAACACUUUAAUUGUGUGACAUUGGACCUUCCACAGAGCUCUCAUUAGUGCUCAGGAAGUACCCCUCCAGUGCACAGGACACUGCCAAGUCUUAGCACACCUUUGCUUAUCAGGCCCUUUUCCUUCAUAGUACGGGUAUUGCAGUCUGGCCUCUUUCAUAACUGUCACAAAUGCAAGUUAUUUUAACCCCUAAAUUAAUCAGGUUUUAUUUUAUAGUAAGCUCUGUUUGACUAGGUCCCCGAGUUACGUGCAGCCUGUUUUGUUUCGUAGGUAUUAAAACCAGGCAAAAGUGUCUUGUUUCGCGACUAUGGGCUGUAUGAUCAUGCCAUGCUUAGGUUUAAAGCCGGCAGCAAACUUGCAGAA